UGAUGGCCGAGGCUGUCUGGGCGAUCCUCCAUUUUGGUGCUCGCCUGUGGAGACUUCCUUUCGUGCUGUCGUAGCGGCAAGUACUUAAGACUCGACUACCCCUCAUCCACCCACUCUGUUCCUCACUCACAUUUUGUUAUUCCUGAUACCCAAUCAGCAAUUACAAUCAUGUCUGACCUUUCAGUGAAGCUCAAGACUCCCCAGACGGGCGAGUACGACCAGCCCACUGGUCUUUUCAUCAACAACGAGUUCGUCAAGGCCGUUGAUGGCAACACCUUCGAGGUUAUCAACCCUUCCACAGAAGAGGUCAUCACAUCUGUUCAGGAGGCGACCGAGAAGGAUGUCGACAUUGCUGUCGAGGCUGCCCGCAAGGCAUUCAACGGCCCAUGGAGGAAGGAGACACCCGAGAACCGCGGAAAGCUUCUCGUUAAGCUUGCCGACCUAUUUUUGGAGAACGCUGAUCUUCUCGCCGCCGUCGAGGCUCUCGACAACGGCAAGGCCUUCUCCAUGGCCAAGAACGUCGAUGUUCAAGCUGCCGCUGGUUGCUUGAGGUACUACGGAGGCUGGGCCGACAAGAUUGAGGGCAAGGUCGUCGACACAUCACCCGACACAUUCAACUACAUCCGCAAGGAGCCUAUUGGUGUUUGCGGUCAGAUCAUUCCUUGGAACUUCCCCAUCCUUAUGUGGGCAUGGAAGAUUGGUCCCGCCAUUGCUACCGGUAACACGGUCGUCUUGAAGACUGCUGAGCAGACUCCUCUCUCCGCCUACGUUGCCUGUACACUCAUCCAAAAGGCUGGUUUCCCACCAGGUGUCAUCAACGUUAUCACUGGUUUCGGAAAGACCGCCGGUGCUGCCAUGUCUUCCCACAUGGGCAUUGACAAGAUUGCCUUCACCGGUUCUACCGUUGUCGGUCGCCAGAUUAUGAAGUCCGCCGCCGGUUCCAACUUGAAGAAGGUCACCCUUGAGCUCGGUGGCAAGUCCCCCAACAUUGUCUUCGCCGAUGCCGACAUCGAAGAGGCCAUCAACUGGGUCAACUUCGGUAUCUACUACAACCACGGCCAGUGCUGCUGCGCCGGUUCGCGUGUCUACGUCCAAGAGGAGAUCUACGACAAGUUCAUCGAGCGAUUCAGGGAGCGUGCUGCUCAGAACACUGUUGGUGAUCCCUUCAAGGAGGACACCUUCCAGGGUCCCCAGGUUUCUCAGCUCCAGUUCGACCGCAUCAUGUCCUACAUUGAGGAGGGUAAGAAGGCUGGUGCCACCGUCGAGACCGGUGGUAAGCGCAAGGGUGACAAGGGUUACUUCAUCGAACCUACCAUCUUCUCCAACGUCACCGAGGACAUGAAGAUCCAGCAAGAGGAGAUCUUUGGCCCUGUCUGCACAAUCUCCAAGUUCAAGACCAAGGCCGAUGUCAUCAAGGCUAGCAACAACUCAACCUACGGCUUGGCCGCCGCUGUUCACACCACCAACCUCAACACCGCCAUCGAGGUUGCCAACGCGCUCCGCGCUGGAACCGUCUGGGUCAACACCUACAACACUCUCCACUGGCAGCUUCCCUUCGGUGGCUACAAGGAGUCUGGUAUGGGCCGUGAGUUGGGUGAGGCUGCUCUGGACAACUACCUCCAGACCAAGACUGUGUCGAUCCGCCUGGGUGAUGUCCUUUUCGGUUAAGCAUAUGAUAUGAUCUUACGGACUUGUAUAUAGUUUCUAGCCUCGAGGAUCAACAAAGUAA